UUCCUACUAUAUCCUCUCGCAGUUAAAUGCGGAAGUGUCAGAAGUCACAUUCGGACGAAGCUGAGUUCCUGAACAAACUCGCACAGACCAGAGGAGAGUUCCUGAGGUUUCCUGAAGAAAAAACAUAACCAUGUGGCCAAAUCAAGGACCUCCCCCUCCAAUGUGCUCAUCAAAUCCUGCCUUCCCUCCUGGUUACAACCCUUCGUAUCCUGCCGGACCUCCUCCAGGAGUCUUCCCUCAGCCUCCAAACCCUGCGUACCCACCAUACCAGUACCCAGCUGUUAUGAGCCCAGGUGUUAUGAAUCCAGCUGUUAUGGGCCGAGCUGUAGUACCAAACGCACCUCUAGGUCCUCAUCCUUAUGGACCUCCAGGAUCUCAUGCUUAUGGAACUCCAGGAACUCAUUCUUAUCCUAUGGCUCCAGGUGGAUAUCCCGUGGUCCCUCCUGGAGGUGUUUACCCAGGUCCAUACCCACACUCCCCAAAAUGGGGACCCCACAAAGGCUACCACAAAGGCUACCACCAUGGCUACCCCCAUGGCUAUCAUCAUGGAGGGAGGAAUCACAUGACUGGAGCAUUAGCUGGAGGAUUGACAGCAAUGGUAGUGGGGGCAGUUGGACACAAAGCCAACAAAAAGAUGAGGAAGAAGAUGAAGAAAGCACAUAAGUGGCACAAGCAUGGACUCUACAGCAAGUCCUCCAGCAGCAGCAGCAGCAGCAGCAGCAGCAGCGACUCAGACUGAGGUCAACAUUUCGAGACACAGCCUCCACAGAAAUUCUGACGGCCUUAUAAUUUCUUAUUUCUUAUUCUGAUUUAUGGGAAUUACUUUUUGUCAUGUCUAGUAUGGGCUUUUUAUAACACACGUAUUUUUGUUGUGUUCUAUGUCAAACAUUCUGUUGUUACAGUUUCUUUAAGUAAAAGUACUUGCUGCUAUGCAAACAUACUGAAAUAUUCUGAGGAGGGAUUGCAGCUAUGGACACGUCUUUCAAUAUUGAAAACAAAAUCUUUAAUUUUCUCAUUAAGAUCAACAAAGAGGUGCAGAUGAUAACGGUUUUUUCUGAAUUUUCACCAAAGACUUUUUGAUGUUUCACAGCAGAAAAGCGACACAUGGAGCUAAAACUGUUAAUCUUCACUGUUACAUUUGCAUGAAAUCUGUUACACUAGUUGGUUUGGUUACGUAGCUGAAACUAAACCAGGUUUUGAGUUAUUCUUGGCUGCAACUAUGUUAUUUUGUUAAGAUGAAACAAUAAAAACAAUAGAAAACAAUGUGUAAACCAGGCCAGUACUUUGUGCACCGUGAUCCUUUUCUUCAUGUCACAGUAAGAAAGUAAGUAAUGAGGUUAAAUUCCAUGAUACUACUUUUAAUUUCAGGUUCCUGGUAUUUGUCUUGCUGGCUCACAUCACAGUGUCAUUGACUUAUACUGGGACACAUCAAAGUUGUUAAAGCAACAUUGAGCAACAACUUUUACCAUCUUCAUAGAAACAGCUAUGUCUGUGAGACUGUUACAAGUCAAAGUGCCUACAUCGAAUGCUGUCGUCAUUAUUAUGGAUUGCUGCAUGUUUUUCCUUGUCAUGACUUGUCUAAAUGCUUGUAUUGUUAUUUAUAUUUAUAUGUUGCACAAUGAUUGGUUGGAUUAUGUAGCUGAACCUAAAUAAACUUGAGUUUGGAGUUA